CUUGUUACGCUCCCAUCACAGGGGAAUUGGAAAAGAGACACCGCGUCGGUGGUCGGAAGCCGGCUUCUCUCUUUGGGCUUCCUCUCCCUCGCCAUCUCCUGUCUCUCUCUCUCUCUCUCUCGCUUCUCCGUCUCCUUCAUCACUCGCAUCGCACCAUGGUUCAGGCCAAGAACAACCACACCAACAAGAAGUCCAAGCCCAGAAGGCAACAGGACACCGUAAAGAAGCAAGGGAUGCAAGCCGAUAUAUCAGAACUUUGUGCUCAACUUGAUGCAUUGGGCUUAAAAAUUAUUCAAGUUACAGCAGAUGGCAACUGUUUCUUUAGGGCCCUAGCUGAUCAGCUUGAGGGUAACGAAAAUGAUCACCAAAAGUAUCGUGAAAUGGUGGUGAAUUAUAUCUUUAAAAAUCGCGAGGACUUUGAACCCUUCAUUGAGGAUGAUGUUCCAUUUGAUAAGUACUGCCAGUCCAUGGAAAAGGAUGGCUCAUGGGCAGGCCAUAUGGAACUUCAAGCUGCUUCUCUUGUUACAAAAAGAAAUAUUUGCAUUCACAGACUUAAAUCUCCGCGCUGGUACAUAUGUAAUUUCAGUGGUGAUCAUCAAGCAAAUAUGAUUCAUCUGUGUUAUCAUGAUGGUGAACACUACUGCAGUGUUCGUUCAAAGGAAGAUUCUUGUGAAGGACCUGCUAAGCCAAUAAUGAUUAAGGCAGAUGCUCAUAUUUCUGCAAAGGAGCAUAACAACAAAGUAGCAAUUGACAAAUCAUCAAAAGGGUCCUCAAGCAGAAGUACCUUUAAUAGUGGAUCAGUUAAAUUGGUCAUGGCUGGAACUGGAAUUGAGGACAUUGAUAAAGUUGAACAGGUUUUACGAGAAGUAGAUGGUGAUGUUGAUGCAGCAAUUGAGUUUUUGAUAGCUGAGAAGGAGUUGGACCUCGAUCAUGAUGCAUGUUCUAGUGUUGACAAUUCCAAGGGAGAAGAUCUGCUUCAAGAAACUGGAUCAGAACGGGUGGUUGGACCAGAAAAAAUGGAAACUGGACCAUCAACUUAAUUUCGUGACUGCACAUCGUUUCAGAUGUUCCUUUGAAUUUCAACCAUCAGCUUGAUUUUGUCAGUGAUAUUUCUUUUUAGAUACCCUCUCUCUUGAAUAAAAGUCCCAAUACAUUAUAAAUAAAUAUUUUUUGAAAUUCUGUCACCCAUGCAUGAAUAUAAGACUAAAAAUUUGUUUCAUCUCUUUUUUUACACAUAUUUGUUGUCAUUAAUAUGUCUGUUGGGUUUAUUUUUCUAAAUCUGUCACAACUCAUAUAUAGAUGUUCUAAAUCUUUUCUCCAUGUUAUUAAAAAUUAUUUGCAAUUAUCCUUAAUUAGUUUUUUAGUUGAUUGUUCAAAUAAAGAAGUCCUUCAGAAAUCUUUCUUUAUCGUCCUAAUUCAUCUUUAAUCAUUAUUAAAAUAUCAUUUCAAGUUUUCAACACCUAAUAAUUUAUUCCAUUAUGUUUUAUGUAGCUGCAAGUAUCUCUUUGCUUCUUAUUAAUUGGUACUGAAAUGCUUCUCUUACAUUUCUAAGCUGUUUCAUUGAUGUUAUUUUUUUCUAUGAAAAAAGCAAGCCAUCUUUUAUGACAUUGAAAGUUUGUGCAAUAAUGACACUUGGUUUAUAGUGCCUCUGGUUAAGUAAAAGAAUAGACAGGGUGGCACUUUGGCCAUCUUAAUAUUGGUUUUGUUAAAAUAAGCCAGCUAGGACUAAUAGGCUACCUGAGUGGGUUGUUUAUGUUUCUACUCCUGGCAUACUCUAGAACUGCAUCUAGUUUGGGGUAAAGAUAACUGAAUAAAAAUAUAUCCUAACCUCCUUGCAAAACUAGCUUUAACACACUUUGCUAAUGAGUGGGUGAUAUAGAUUAGUGAAACAAGCAAGAGAAUGCACCCUUUAGAUAAAGAUACAUUAUCAAGGAUAAUUUUAGUGAAACUCCUUUGACCUAAUUAAUUUCACUCUUCUAAACUUGAUCAUUUGGCAGGUUAAACCAAUAGCAAAAGGUUUAAAUCUCCUAACUCUCUUUUGACUUGCCUCUGACAUGCAGAAGCCCAUAGAUGCUUUUAUCAUAUGGUAGAGAAUUGCACUGUUUUUUCCAAAUCCACUAUCUUAUCAUCUUUAUAAAUGUUUGUAUCAGGGAGUAGAGAAUUGCAAUUGCAUAUUCUUUUCAAAUCCGGUACCUUAUCAGCUUUUUUGUUCUUUCCUCUUGUGCUUGGAGAAUGGUCCAUCAAUUUUUGGAUAUAUGUUCUACCAAAAGAAUAUUUACCAUGUUAAAGUUUGUGCACUUUUUCUAUUCUUAUUGAGGCUUUGUGAUAAAAAGUUUGGAUUUCUUAGGAGAAUGUCAAAUUCAGGACCCUGGACAAGCAGUGGUAGCAUCAUUGGACAUGAAAUUGGAGCAAGACAUAUGUGAUACAAAGAUCCAAGCUGUUCAGGCUGAUAGCAUUCAUAAUCAAAAUAAG